ACAGUUGCUUUAGACACGUGGGAAAUCAAAGAUGCUCAAAUUAUUUCUUGGAUUCUCAGUACUAUUGAUCCUCAAAUAAUCAAUAAUUUGCGCUCUUUCUCAACUGCCCAAGAAAUGUGGAACUAUUUGAAAGGUAUUUACAACCAGGACAAUACAGCCAAACGUUCUUAGUUGGAGCUAGAGAUAGCCAAUUACAAACAGGGUAAUUUGUCUGUUCAGGAAAACUAUUCUGGUUUUUUAAAUUUGUGAACAGAACACUCUGCUAUUAUACAUGAUGCUGUUCCCAAGACUUUUCUCGCGGAUGUCCAAGUUGUCUACAAUACCAGUAGGAGGGAUCAAUUUCUCAUGAAGCUUCGCCCGGAAUUUGAGGCUGUUAGAGGUGCUUCGUUGAAUAGGAGUCAUGUUCCCUCUUUGGAUACAUGUGUUGGUGAGCUUCUCAAUAAGGAGCAACAUCUCCUUACUCAAGGAACCAUGUCUCAUGAUGUUGUUGUUUCUGAACCUGUGACAGUUGCAUAUGUAUCAUGUUCUAUUUGCAAAUUAGCUAAGAGUAAAACACUUCCUUUUCCUUCUGGUGCUCAUCGUGCCUCCACUUGUUUUGAGAUGACUCAUAGUGAUGUGUGGGGUACCUUCAAUAGAAAGGCAUUUUGUCUCAACGUUCUUGUCCCAAUACCCCCAAUAAAAUGGAAUGACAGAACGUAAAAAUCAUCAUUUGCUUGAUGUGGCGCACACCUUACUUCUCCAAGCUUCUGUACCCACUAGGUUUUGGGAAGAGGCUCUAUCCACAACAGUUUUUUUGAUCAAUCGCCUUCCUUCUACGGUUAUUGAUCUUGACUCUCCUUUUUAUCGUAUUUUUAAAACUCACCCUGACUAUAGUGUUUUACAUACUUUUGGAUGUGUAUGUUUUGUUCACCUACCUCCGUUUGAAAGGCAUAAGCUUGGAGCACAAUCUGUUCAAUGUGCAUUUAUGAGGUAUAGUCAAUCUCAUAAGGGUUUUGUGUGUUAUGAUGUUUCUAACCAUCGUUUCUGCAUUUCUAGGAAUGUGACAUUUUUUUAUAAUCAAUUUAUGUUUUCUUGCCUUACUCCUUCCAUGAAUGAUUUUGUUAUGCUUCCAAACUUUGCUAUUAUGUAUCAAUCUAUAAAACGUUUUAAACUAGACAAUGUAUAUGUUAGAAAAUACAAACAGCAGGUUCCCAUCCCUCUUUCUGACACUGAUCCGCCACCUGAUCCUGUAGUCGCUGCACCAUGACGUUCUAGUAUAGCGUCUCGAGCACCUGAUAGAUAUUCACCAGACAGGUAUAAUUCAUCACAUACUUUUCUAUCUGCCUCUCUCUCUCUAGCAUCUCAAUUCCUACUUGCUACUCAUAGGCUGUUAAAGAUGCGCGAUGGAUAAAAGCAAUGAAUGAGGAACUUCAGGCUCUCCAAGACAAUUUCACAUGGGAUAUUGUCACUUGUCCUCUUCAUAUCAAACCCAUAGGCUGCAAAUGGGUGUAUUCUGUGAAAAUGAAUUAUGAUGGUUCCCUCAACCGUUACAAGGAUCGAUUGGUUGCCUUAGGAAACAAGUAGGAAUGUGGCAUUGAUUAUGACGAGACAUUUGCACCCGUUGCCAAAAUGACAACUGUUCAAACUGUGCUCUCUAUAGCUGCUUCUAAUGGGUGGAUUCUUUAUCAGAUGGAUGUGAAGAAUGCAUUUCUUCAAGGUGAUAUGAUUGAAGAUAUUUAUAUGACUCCUCCUCAAGGCUUAUUCUCUUCAUCUAAGGGUGUGUGCAAACUCAAACGCUCCUUGUAUGGUUUGAAACAGGCUCCUAGAGCAUGAUAUGAGAAGUUUUGUUCCACUUUACUUGGGUUCUCUUUUACUCAAAGCCAAUAUGACUCCUUUUUGUUCAUUCACCGCACCUCUACAGACAUUGCUCUUCUUCUUCUUUAUGUUGAUGAUAUGGUUAUUACUGGUUCUGAUCUGGCAUCCAUCCAAGAACUUAAACAACAAUUGCAAGCCUCAUUUCAUAUGAAAGACCUAGGUAAUUUGCAUUAUUUUCUUGGCCUUGAGGUUCAUUACACCUCCAUGGGUAUAUUUCUCCAUCAGCAUAAGUAUGCCAUAGACUUGAUUUCUAUGGCUGGCCUCCAAUCAACUAAUCCAGUGGCUACUCCUCUUGAAGUUAAUGUUAAAUACUAUCGUGAUGAGGGCGACCUUUUGAUCGAUCCUCUGUUGUAUCGGCAGCUCGUGGAUAGUCUUAAUUACUUGACCAUUACUCAACUUGACAUAUCGUUUGUUGUCCAACAGGUAAGUCAUUUCAUGCACUCUCCUCGUCAUCUUCACUUAGCAGCUGUCCGUCGUAUAAUUCGCUACUUGAAAGAUACCUCUCACCGGGGUUUGUUCUUUCCUAUUGGGACACCUCCUACAUUGAUUGCUUACAGUGAUGCUGAUUGGGUCGGGUGUCCUGAAACUCGACGCUCUGUCACCAAUUGGUGCAUGUUUCUUGGUUCUUCGUUGAUUUCAUGGAAAAGUAAGAAGCAAUCAAGAGUCUCUAAAUCCUCUACUGAAUCCGAGUAUCGUUCGCCUUCCUUCUACGGUUAUUGAUCUUGACUCUCCUUUUUAUCGUAUUUUUAAAACUCACCCUGACUAUAGUGUUUUACAUACUUUUGGAUGUGUAUGUUUUGUUCACCUACCUCCGUUUGAAAGGCAUAAGCUUGGAGCACAAUCUGUUCAAUGUGCAUUUAUGAGGUAUAGUCAAUCUCAUAAGGGUUUUGUGUGUUAUGAUGUUUCUAACCAUCGUUUCUGCAUUUCUAGGAAUGUGACAUUUUUUUAUAAUCAAUUUAUGUUUUCUUGCCUUACUCCUUCCAUGAAUGAUUUUGUUAUGCUUCCAAACUUUGCUAUUAUGUAUCAAUCUAUAAAACGUUUUAAACUAGACAAUGUAUAUGUUAGAAAAUACAAACAGCAGGUUCCCAUCCCUCUUUCUGACACUGAUCCGCCACCUGAUCCUGUAGUCGCUGCACCAUGACGUUCUAGUAUAGCGUCUCGAGCACCUGAUAGAUAUUCACCAGACAGGUAUAAUUCAUCACAUACUUUUCUAUCUGCCUCUCUCUCUCUAGCAUCUCAAUUCCUACUUGCUACUCAUAGGCUGUUAAAGAUGCGCGAUGGAUAAAAGCAAUGAAUGAGGAACUUCAGGCUCUCCAAGACAAUUUCACAUGGGAUAUUGUCACUUGUCCUCUUCAUAUCAAACCCAUAGGCUGCAAAUGGGUGUAUUCUGUGAAAAUGAAUUAUGAUGGUUCCCUCAACCGUUACAAGGAUCGAUUGGUUGCCUUAGGAAACAAGUAGGAAUGUGGCAUUGAUUAUGACGAGACAUUUGCACCCGUUGCCAAAAUGACAACUGUUCAAACUGUGCUCUCUAUAGCUGCUUCUAAUGGGUGGAUUCUUUAUCAGAUGGAUGUGAAGAAUGCAUUUCUUCAAGGUGAUAUGAUUGAAGAUAUUUAUAUGACUCCUCCUCAAGGCUUAUUCUCUUCAUCUAAGGGUGUGUGCAAACUCAAACGCUCCUUGUAUGGUUUGAAACAGGCUCCUAGAGCAUGAUAUGAGAAGUUUUGUUCCACUUUACUUGGGUUCUCUUUUACUCAAAGCCAAUAUGACUCCUUUUUGUUCAUUCACCGCACCUCUACAGACAUUGCUCUUCUUCUUCUUUAUGUUGAUGAUAUGGUUAUUACUGGUUCUGAUCUGGCAUCCAUCCAAGAACUUAAACAACAAUUGCAAGCCUCAUUUCAUAUGAAAGACCUAGGUAAUUUGCAUUAUUUUCUUGGCCUUGAGGUUCAUUACACCUCCAUGGGUAUAUUUCUCCAUCAGCAUAAGUAUGCCAUAGACUUGAUUU